GGCAGACACUGAAGUGUUGCUGCUGUCUGUCUACCACAGACCGCAGAGUGCCCCAUUAAACGGGCGUAGUGUUGUCCGCUAGCCAGGUGCUAAGUCAGCUCACUUGCAGAGAACCACCAUUCCGCCAUAUGCAGCCGGAAUGGCGUUAUAAUGUUUUUUAAGACAGCUUUUAAUGGACGCGGCGUCUCGGCGGCGUUUUGUAUUGCCUCCUGUAAUUGGCUAGUUUUUAGCUAACGCGGAAGGAAGGCGUCUCCAGGGAGUCAUCAAUGACCAGCGUGUCGGCCGAGAUACUACUCUAGUUCCUUCAGUUGAUAACGAUGUCCAAACGGAUAAGAAACACGGAGUUGUGUGCGGACUGCUGUGUCCCAGAACCCCGCUGGGCCUCAGUGAACAGGGGGGUGUUAAUUUGUGACGAGUGCUGCAGUGUUCAUCGAAGUCUGGGCAGACACAGCUCCCAAGUCCGCCACCUGACGCACACACCAUGGCCUCUUACACAGCUACAGAUGGUUCAGAUGUUGUACAGCAAUGGUGCAAAUUCAAUUUGGGAGCAUUCACUUCUGGACCCAGCAUCUGUUAUGAGUGGGAAACGCAAAGCCAGCCCCCAGGAUAAACUGCACCCCAACAAAUCCGAAUUCAUUAAAGCCAAAUACCAAAUGCUCGCAUUUGUCCACCGCAUGCCUUGUCGGGAGGAUGACAGCUCAACAGCCAAGGAUUUAAGUAAGCAACUUCACUCAAGUGUGCGCACUGGAAAUCUUGAGACCUGUUUGAGGUUGCUAUCUCUGGGAGCUCAAGCAAACUUUUUUCACCCGGAAAAAGGAAACACUCCCCUGCAUGUGGCUGCAAAGGCGGGACAAGUCUCUCAGGCUGAAUUGUUAACUGUUUAUGGGGCCGACCCUGGAGCUCCUGACAGCAACGGCAAAACUCCCAUUGAUUAUGCAAGGGAGGCGGGCCAUCACGACCUGGCAGAUAGACUGGUGGAAAUUCAGUAUGAGCUGACGGAUCGGCUGGCGUUCUACUUGUGUGGGAGAAAACCAGAUCAUAAAAACGGGCAGCAUUUCAUUGUUCCACAAAUGGCUGACAGCAGUUUAGAUUUAUCGGAACUGGCCAAGGCAGCAAAGAAGAAGCUGCAGUCUCUCAGUAAUCAUUUAUUUGAGGAGCUAGCCAUGGACGUGUAUGAUGAGGUGGAUAGGCGAGAAACUGAUGCAGUGUGGUUAGCCACGCAGAACCACAGCGCCCUUGUGACAGAGACAACUGUGGUGCCGUUUCUUCCUGUCAAUCCAGAGUAUUCGUCCACAAGAAACCAGGGACGCCAGAAACUUGCCAGAUUUAAUGCACAUGAAUUUGCAACUCUUGUGAUUGACAUACUAAGUGAUGCAAAGCGGAGACAACGAGGGAAUUCAGCAGCCAGCCCUAAAGACAACGUGGAACUUAUCCUGAAGAACAUGUCUGCCAAGCCAAGUGAUAGCCAGGAUAAUGACCAGCCUGACUAUGACAGUGUGGCGUCUGAUGAGGAUACGGACCAAGAUCUCCCUUCUAGUAAAGGAGAUAGGACUAAGAGCCUGGACUCUGACCUCUCUGAUGGACCUAUCACCAUGCAUGAGUACCUGGAGGUAAAGAACGCACUCUCGGCCUCCGAAGCCAAGAUCCAGAAUCUCCUGAAAGCUAACAGCAACCUGAGUGAUGAGCUGCGGCUGAUGCAGAAAAAGCUGCAAUCUCUGCAAAGUGAGAACGCCUCUCUUAGGCGGCAGGUCACAGCCAAUAUCUAUCAGACCCCGAGCACCUCCGACUUCCCCGACCCCUCCAGUCCCUCAGCCCUGAAACGUCGACAGUCUGCUCGGGCCAGUCGGCCUAUGUCUAUGUACGAGACCGGCUCGGGCCUGAAGCCUUAUCUCCCUAAAGGGGAAAGUCCUUACCCAGAGGAGGCUAUUCCUACCCUGCAACCCUUCUCACUUCAUAAGGAAAGGGGUGCUCACGUGACCACCUCUUCAUCCCUCCCCUCAUUUCCGUCUACCCUCUCCUGGUCCAAGGAUGAAAGUAAUCUAAAGGCCUCCAAGUUGGAGAAGCAAAGCAGCGUGCCAGAGAGCGAUUAUGACAAUGCAUUCAUUGACUCUGAGGCGGACGAGACGGGUGUGUGCAGGCGGGGAAGGCUGCGGAGCAGUGGCUGGCUGGGGGAGGGCAGCUCCAUCCCUGAGCUGGAUGACGGCGAGGCGGAGUUGGACCCCACGCUUCCCAGCACCGAGGAUGUCAUCCGCAAAACGGAGCAGAUCACCAAGAACAUCCAGGAGCUUCUGCGAGCCGCUCAGGAGAACAAACACGAGAGCAAACCGUAUGAGCGUGAAGGUGUGCGCCGCCUCAGGCACAGUCUGGGAUGUUUCAGCACUCUGGUGCCCUGGGCUGACAAGUCCUCCAACCCCCUUCAUCCGCUCGGGCUCCGCUCCCCUGACCCCUCCUCCUGCUUCAUACCCUGCUCGGAAAGAAUAUAUGUGGCCGUAGCAGAAAUGGCCGCCCUCUUCCCCAAGAAGCCGCGCUUUGAGACGGUGAGGAGCUCCCUGCGCUUGUUGACCUCCAGCGCGUGCAGACUGCAGGGCGAGUGCAGGAAGGCGGCGCCUCCAGACGGCUGCGCAGCACCGGACAUGCAGCUUGUCACCCAGCAGGUCAUCCAAUGUGCUUACGACAUCGCCAAGGCAGCCAAGCAGCUGGUCACCAUCACCACUAAGGAGAACACCAACUGAAAAACAUCUCACUACUUUGCUUCUAUAUUUUUUUUAAAUUAUGUUUGGUUUUUUUCAUAUUUGUGGUAUUUGCAUGCAUUUUUUAAAUUUUUUAUUAUGUUUGACCAUUAUUAUGUCUGACCAUUUGGGACAGCUGCGACGAGGUGGCGACCUGUCCAGGCCCCCCGCGACCCCGAGAGGGACAAGUGUUAGAAAAUGGAUGGAAGGGAACACUCCGCAGCUUUACCUACUAAUACUGUACUUGGAAAAGCACAAUUUCCCUCAAGGUAAAAUUAUUUCCACAAAUAUAUGUUUUAAAUAGCAAAGAGGACUAAACGCAGUAUAGCAGUGGUACCUCGGUUUUCAUACGCCGAAAACUUUCACCACAAAUAUAUUUUUCUGUUGAGUACGGCUGCAAAAUAAAAUAAUCCACAAUAUAGGUAAAUAACAGUUAAUAGUUUAAUCCAGGCCUGGGCAAUUAUUUUGACUCGACAUUUAGAGAAAAAAAAUGUGUCUGGGGGGCCGGUAUAUCUAUAUAUCUAUCUAUUUAUACAUAUAAGUAUAUAUGUAUACAUAUACAUACAUAUAAAUAUAUAUAUAUACAGUAUAUAUAUAUAUAUAUAUAUAUACAUAUAUAUACACACACACCUACCUAUACAUAUAUAUAUAUAUGUACGUUAGGUCAGGAAAAAACACACGAGCCUACAGUAUAUCAUCCCUACAAGCCUGUUUCCCUGUUUCUGCCUUGUAGGGAUGAUAUAGCCUCUGUAUUUUUUCCUAAACCUAACGUAUAUUCCUCUCUACCCCGGUAUUGAGCACUUUAUAACGGAUAAACCACAGAAACCUCAACUAUAUAUAUGUAUGUAU